AGGAUGUAAUGUUUUUCUAGAGAAUUAGCAUAAGUUUAACGCUUGUUUGGAUUGUGUUCGCUCUGAAAGCAUAAACUUGCUGCCCGGACUAUCGGAAGGCUUACAAUGUCAGGAAAUCCCGAUGAUAAGCCUAGUUCCCUAGCAGAGUCCAUUGAAAGCUUCAAGAUUGUUGCGGAGCAGGGGCUCGCUGACGCCGCGAACGCUGCUGAUGCUCUUCUAAAGCAAACGGCAUCUCAGCUUGUGGCAGGCGGCUCUGUCGUGGUUGGAACUGUUCAGGAGGCCGCAGAUGUAACACUCCAAUACGCGGAGGAGGGCAAGGUGUACGUGGAUCAUGGGCUCGCGGAGCUCAAAGCGGUGGAGGACGUCGUCGUUUCGCACCUCAAGCAGGGAAUCUACCUCAUCCAGAGCAACCCAGAUGUCUCUUACCCCCUGCUGGCGACGGGCAGCAUCCUAGCGCUACCGGUGACGCGACGCCUGCUGUACCGCGCGACCAUCGGACGGUUCCGCAACCCCGACAACGUGCUGAGCACCAGCGAGGGUAAGGUGGAGGCACUGCGGGUCAAGAUGAGCGACUUUGAGACGGAGGCCAAGAAGCUGCAGGAGCGUAUGGUUGCGGCGGAGGAGGAGUACGUGCGCGGCAAGGCCAAGCUCAAGGCUACCCGGCAGGAGCUGCAGCGGCUGGCGGCCGUGGUGGGCAAGAGCGAGCGGACCGCAGCGGGUGUUCUGGAGGACCUGCGCACCCUCAAGAAGGUCGACAAGGCGGUGCAGCUGCGGGCGGAGGCCGCGUCGCAAGUGUCCGCGCUCAAGACGCAGCGAACCGCGCUGCAGCAGUACAUCUACCGCAUCGCCUCCAAGGACGUCUGAGGCGCAGGCUUGACGCUGGGCGCAGGGUUGGCGCUGCCUGCUGCGAUCGGACUCGCAUGGCUUGCCCUGGCAUGGGUGGUUGCACCAACAUGGGCUACCGUCUUGCGGCUACCGUAGUAACGGCACAUGGUUAUACCGUACGGCGCUUUGGUGUUGUUCUUGGUGGAUGGAGUGGAAGGUUCCCCGGGGGGCCGCACUGGCGGCAGCAUGGCGUGGUGG